GACGCGCGCCUGGUACUGGACAUGGACCGCGCGCGCCUGUGGCUGGGGCUUCUGCUGCCCGUGGUGGCCGCCCUGGAUUUCCGAUAUCACCACCAGGAAGGGAUGGAGGCGUUCCUAAAGAGCGUGGCUCAGAACUACAGUUCGAUCACGCACUUGCACAGCAUCGGGAAAUCUGUGAGAGGUAGAAACCUGUGGGUUCUCGUUGUGGGGCAGACCCCAAAGGAACACAGAGUCGGGAUUCCAGAAUUCAAAUACGUGGCGAAUAUGCACGGAGAUGAGACUGUGGGGCGAGAACUGCUGCUCCACCUGAUCGACUAUCUGGUGAGCAGUUACAGGAAAGACCCGGAAAUCACGCAUCUGAUUGACAGCACCCGGAUCCACAUCAUGCCUUCCAUGAACCCCGAUGGAUUCGAAGCUGUCCAGAAACCCGACUGUUACUACAGCAAUGGCAGGGAAAACUACAAUAAUUAUGACCUGAACAGAAACUUUCCUGAUGCCUUUGAGAAUAACAAUGUAACAAAGCAACCUGAGACUCUGGCAAUCAUGGAGUGGCUGAAAACGGAAACAUUUGUCCUCUCUGCGAAUCUCCAUGGGGGUGCCCUGGUGGCCAGUUACCCCUUCGAUAAUGGCGUACAAGCUACGGGGACACUGUUGUCUCGAAGCUUAACCCCGGAUGACGACGUUUUCCAACACCUGGCCUACACCUACGCCUCCCGGAAUCCCAACAUGACAAAGGGAGAUCAGUGUAAAAACAAGAGGAACUUCCCCAACGGGAUUAUCAACGGCUACUCCUGGUACCCACUGCAAGGGGGAAUGCAAGACUACAACUACAUCUGGGCCCAGUGCUUUGAAAUUACCCUGGAGCUGUCGUGCUGUAAAUAUCCUCGCGAGGAGAAGCUGCCGCUCUUUUGGAAUGAUAACAAAGCCUCUUUGAUCGAAUAUAUAAAACAGGUGCACCUAGGGGUAAAGGGUCAAGUGUUCGAUCAGAGUGGGGCUCCAUUACCGAAUGUGAUUGUGGAAGUCCAGGACAGAAAGCACAUCUGCCCGUUUAGAACCAACAAGCUUGGAGAGUACUAUCUGCUCCUGCUGCCCGGGUCCUACGUGAUCAAUGUUACAGUCCCUGGACAUGACUCCUACCUCACGAAGCUUACUAUUCCAGGGAAAUCCCAGCCCUUCAGUGCUCUUAAAAAGGAUUUUCACCUCCCGCUGCGAUGGCAGCCGGAUUCCAUCUCCGUAUCCAAUCCUUCGUGCCCGAUGAUUCCGCUGUACAAAUUCAUGCCAAGCCACUCGGCUGCCACAAAGCCCAGUCUGUGCGUGUUUUUCAUGACUCUUUUGUACGUAUUUUUGAAAUAAAGCAAGAUGUGAAACUCGACUCCCGGGAAUCAGGGAUUGGUUACUGCAGGUUAUGGCAACCCUCCCUCCUGUGGGACUGCGAUCGGACAGACUCACUGUUUUCCUUAAGAAGAAAACCGGAUGUUUCCAAACCUGGCCUAGAGCGACCUGUAACAACCAAAUGGAUCCUCAGUCUGGAUAAAAUGGAGGUCACUGCUUAACUCAUGCUGCCCACGCAAACGCCACCCUGAAGGAGUGAGUCCCAAACACUUGUAAGAAUCUACGGAGAGUCACGUGGAUCAGAGCCGCAAGGAUGGACACUUUCUAGUCACUUGCUGUGUUACGACCUUUCGUGUUAUUUGUAGAGAGCUGAUAUUGUCUAUAAGUGGUUCUCCCCAAAGGAAGAAAUUUCUAGAUAACGGGACUAAAAGCAUUUACUCUUGCCAAUGGUCUAAGGCCAAAUGAGAGAAAAUGGACAAACAUGUCUGAUGUGGCUACAGAUGCAGUGGCCUCUGUCUCCCGUGCCUUUGUCCUUGCCCCCCUGCACCUGAUGCCAUAGUCCUACGAAGAUGACCCCUCCUGUGUAACCCAGUCUCUUGCCUGAGCCUCAGAUGCAACUCCAGCAGCUCACCAGACACACCCACCUGACUACGAUGCCUAUGAACUUCGGUUCAUCCGGUUGACUGUUGAGACGCCAUGCAAGGCUGUUCGAUUCCCAUAUUCCAGUCACCGGAAGCUGCUGUAUUGAUCCCUGACAGCCUCUCCAGGCCAGUUAGCCCACCUCGCCGCUGACCCAGCUCAUGGGUGUUUACGUCUUCCACACAGAACCUGGGGAGUUGGGCUGCCCAAAGCUUUCCUGCUCCCUAAACACUACACAGUAAGUGCUCUCGAUCCCAGGUCUGGAUGGCAUUCUGAUUGUGUCACGUCUUGUUUCCUGCUCAGUAAAACUCCAUUCCAUGGGGGGUUAAGAGCACUGACUGCUCUUCCAGAGGUCCUGAGGUCAAUUCCCAGCCACCACAUGGUGGCUCACAGCCA